AUGACAGAGCCAGCUGGAAUAGGAGGCAGAGGCGGAACGGUGCUUGGUGUCAUCUGGGGCGAGAAUUUCCUGACCCUGAUUUUAAUCAGCCUGCGAUUUUACACCCGACAUUACAUUAGGGGAAAAGUUGGAUGGGAUGACUAUUGGCUUAUCGUCACCUGGCUUCUGAUGGUAAUUUUCGGUGCCUUGACGUCCGUGGGCGUGGCUCAUGGGAUGGGCCAGCAUCGCGCCGACCUCACGACUGAGCAAUUCGCAGACGGCGUGUUCUAUAUUACGUGCGCACAGGUCAUUGCGUCUCUGGCUAUCGGAAUGUGCAAGGUCGUCGUAGCUACUUUCUUGCUCCGCAUUGUGACUGCUCCUUGGCAACGGUGGUUUCUAUGGUUCUGCAUUGGUUCAAUGAUGAUCCUGAGUUUGAUUCUCAGUAGUGCUGUUUUUGCUCAGUGCUCACCUGUUGAGUCUAUAUGGAAUCCGCUUUUGGCAGACAAGAAGGUCUGCCACAUCAACCUCACAAUCCUCGCCUUCGUUGACUGCUCAUACGCCGCCUUCUUGGAUUUCGUCUUGGCUGCUUUCCCAUGGAUAGCUCUCCGCAAUCUCAACAUGAAGAGAAAGGAGCGCAUUACUAUCUGUAUUUCUCUCAGUCUCGGCGUUUUUGCUGGAAUUUGUGGUGUCAUCCGAACCUCUGGACUUGGGGCUCUGAAUGAGACUAAUGAUUAUCUCUAUGCCAUGCCGGAUAACUACAUGUGGACAUUCACCGAAGUAUCGACAACCAUCAUAUGCGUUACGGUUGGGUCAUUUCAUCCUCUAUGGAACAAGCUGCGUGGUCACGACUCGAGCUCGGGUGGCGGCUACCAGCAGCACUCCUCGGGCUAUGGAGGUACUGGUCCUUACCAACUCAGCUCAUAUUCGCGUAGCAAGAAGGGCGGCGGUAAGAAGAACAAUACAUUUACUAGCCGUAGCGACAAGGAUGAUGUCGAAGCUAUAGCCGGCACCAUGACCAAGACUACGAUCAAGAACGACAGCGACGAGACGAUUCUGCUUCAAGGGAGUAACAAUAUUGUCAGGGUUAACGAGAUAACAAUCACAUAUGAGGAUACGAAGACAGAGGGCGAGGCAAGCGGCCCAAUUGUUCGGUGA